ACGCGAUAUCUUUUAUGAGAUGUCGUCACAACAGCUCGAAGUUGCUACUUGACUUUAGGUCUCUGCGUCUCCUUCGCCAACACAUACUGCAAAGCUUUAGAAAAAUAAAUUGGGGGAUAAAUUUGAAAAUUACGCAUGCCGCGGAGUAUAUCGAGGUCGCCGUCGUAUUCGCGGCGGCGAUACUCCCGGUCUCGCUCGCCGGCGGUCACUCACCGCCACUCCACUCGCCGGGACCGUGCGCGUUCCCCUUACAGCAGGCGAAGAAGUCAUUCUGGCACACCGCGACGACGAAGAAGUCGUUCUCCAGCUUCGAGGCAUCGCAAGAGUCGAUCCCCGACGCCAAGACGUCAUAGGAGACGUAGAAGCCAAAGUUCUUCUUUGUCUCCUUCACCUAAAUCUCGUAGUCCCAGUUCAACGUUGACUGAGCGCAAGCUUGCUACUGAAAAAUUGGAAAAGGAAGAAGAACAAGAAGAAAGGAAAAGAUUGCAGCAGGAGGAAGAGCUCAAACAAUUAGAGGAAGAGACUGCAAGGAGGUUGGAGGAGGAAAUCCGGAAUAGAGUCGAGGAGAAAUUGGGUUCCGAAGAAGUCAGGUUAGAAAUUGAAAGACAAAUAGAAGAAGCCCGGAAGAAACUGUUUGAUGAUGUUGAAGCUCAACUUCAAAGAGAAAAGGAAGCUGCCCUUGCUGAAGCAAGGGCAAAAGAAGAACAAGCUCGCAGGGAGAGAGAAGAGCUCGAUAAGAUGCUCGAAGAGAAUCAACGGAGGGUAGAAGAAUCUCAGAGGAGAGAAGCUUUGGAACAGCAGAGGAAAGAGGAGGAAAGACUACGAGAGUUGGAAUUGAUCCAAAGACAAAAAGAAGAGGCUGCUCGAAGGAGAAGACUCGAAGAGGAGGAAGAGCGUGCAAACCAGAUGUUACUUGGUAAGAACAAGUCUCGGCAGAAGAUUGGUUUGUAGCCUAUUGUUGGAUUAUUAAGUAUGGCCAACUUUAGAAGAGCUGUCUACUACUCAAUACUUGCAGAUUUUCAUUUGAAAUAUGAUUGCAACUUUAAUGUUGACCAGUGAACAGGGUUCAACCCAUUCAACAAGACACCUACAAAGUGUUUGGUUUGAGUGAUAAGAUAUGAUUUAUAAAA